AGAGGGUAGGUAGUGUGGGCUGGAGGUCCACCAGACGCGACAUGGAGGAGCCACCAUCCUCAGACCCAUGAGACCUGGCUCUUUGCCAUAGGGUCCAAAAGCAGGCUGGAGCUAGAAAGAAUGGUAGGGGAAAUUUUUGUGGACUUUUUACCAAAAAGGGAAGCAGGAUUGGGUAUAUAGAUAUAGCUAAAAAAGGAAAUUGGACACGUUUAUUUGUGGGAGAGGGGGCAGGUGCCAGUAUCCCUGUGGAGAUCUGGAGUGACUUCUCUGCUUUGUAUGUGGGGGGGUGGCGGAGGAGUGGUCCUGGGGAUCACACCAACGCUACCAGUGCCUUUACCUGCUGAGCCAUCUUCGUGAGCCCAGGUGUUAUUAGGGUGGUAGACAGUUUUUUGCUUUUAAAUUCAGAAAAUUUGAGGUGUGGGUUGUAUUAAUGGGUCUUAUUUGUUUGACCAUCUUAUUUUUUUUUUAUUGUUUGGACAGCAUCUCCUGUAGUUCAAGUUGAAGUUGCCAUUCCCCUUCUCUCCGCCAGGGUGUGCUGAAUAGCAGCUGUCGGGCCACACUAGCACGCGGGUUGAACCUCUAACCUUGACUUUGCCCCCACGUGACCCCAAGCCUCGGUUAGCACAGAGGCAGCACCUCAAGCACGAACCGGACAGAUCAAGUCAGGGCCCAGAGGCGGGACCAACACUAGACGGUCUGGGGCACAGCUAAUAGAACGAGCUCAUGUCCACUAGCGUGCGGUAGGAGGCGGGCUCAGAGCUGGCCUCAGCCAAUGGCUUGCGGGAACAUGGGCUGUCUUUAAACGGGCGCCUGAAGAUGGCGGUCAGCGGGCGCCUGGCGAUGCGGAUGCUUUCUGGGUGCGGCUGGGUUCGCGCCUCGGACCCCACCUUGCUGAGCCGCCUGCGCGAUGAGGCCGUGGUGCGGCCUGGCUUUCUGAGCCAGGCAGAGGAGGACACGCUGACACGCGAACUGGAGCCCCAGCUGCAGCGCCGGCGCUAUGAGUACGACCACUGGGACGCGGCCAUCCAUGGUUUCAGGGAGACCGAGAAGUCCCGCUGGUCUGAUGCAAGCCAGGCCAUUCUGCAUCGGGUCCAGGAGGCUGCCUUUGGCCCUGACCAGACCCUGCUAUCCUUGGUUCACGUGUUGGACCUGGAACCCCGGGGCUACAUCAAGCCCCACGUUGACAGUGUCAAGUUCUGUGGAUCCACCAUUGCUGGCCUCUCCCUGCUGUCCCCAAGUGUUAUGAAGUUGGUGCACACCCAGGAACCUGAGCAGUGGCUGGAACUGCUGCUGGAACCAGGCUCCCUCUAUAUUCUAAGGGGUUCAGCCCGAUACGACUUCUCCCAUGAGAUCCUUCGAGAUGAAGAAUCAUUUUUUGGGGAGCGACGUGUCCCUCGGGGCCGACGCAUCUCAGUGAUUUGCCGCUCCCUCCCUGAGGGGAUGGGGUCAGGAAGGCCAGAAAAGCCACCCUUAGCCAGCUGACUUCUGCGCCUAUCCUCUGGACUUGUGAAUAAAGUUGGAAAAAGAAUA